AUGAAUGCUGACGAUGAUGCUAAGUGGCUGAAGUGGGUGUCACAUCAGUUUGAAGCCAUUGCUGGAGAAGAUCGGGAGAUUGACCUGCAAGAGUUCAAGACAGCAUUGAAAGUGAAAGAGUCCUUCUUUGCAGAGAGGUUUUUUGCCUUGUUUGACUCUGAUGGAAGUGGCACUAUCACCCUACAAGAGCUUCUGGGGGCUCUGAAUCUACUCAUUCAUGGGAAUGCAAUGGACAAACUCAAAUUCCUCUUCCAGGUGUAUGAUGUGGAUGGGAGUGGGUCCAUUGAUCCGGACGAGCUCCGCACAGUGCUGCAGUCUUGCCUGAAGGAGAGUGCCAUCUCCCUGCCAGAUGAGAAGCUGGAUGACCUCACCCUGGCCCUUUUUGAAUCAGCCGACAAAGACCAAAGUGGCUCCAUCACCUUUGAGGAGCUCCGGGACGAAUUAGACAACUUUCCUGAGGUCAUGGAAAACUUAACCAUCAGUGCAGCCAAUUGGCUGAAGCCUCCAUCCUCCAAGAAAACGUCACAGAUGCCCCGCCACCUUACCUCAGCAUACUGGCAUAACAACAGUGGCAAGCUGGCCAUUCUGGCAGCCUACAUCGGGCUCAACAUUCUGCUCUUCACCCUGGCAGCCUUGAAGCACCAGUCCUUUGGAGCCAGUAUCAUGGUGGCCAAAGGCUGUGGCCAAUGUCUGAACUUCAACUGCAGUUUCAUUGUGGUGCUGAUGCUGCGGCGUUGUCUCACCUGGCUAAGGGCCACGUGGGUGGCCCGAAUUUUCCCAUUGGACCAGAAUGUCGAGUUCCACCAGCUCAUUGGUUAUGUGGUAGUUGGAUUUACACUUGUACACACUGCUGCCCAUGUGGUCAACUUCGUGCGCCUGACUCAAUUGGAAGACAGCCCCUUCCAGUUCUGGGAAUAUCUCCUCACCACCCGGCCUGGCAUUGGCUGGGUCCAUGGCACAGCUUCCCUCACAGGCAUUGUUCUGCAGUUUCUCAUAUUCAUCAUGCUGGUAUGCUCCUGCUCCUUUGUCCGGAGGAGUGGGCACUUUGAGGUAUUCUACUGGACCCACCUCUCCUACAUCUCUAUCUGGGUGCUGCUCAUUAUACAUGGGCCCAACUUUUGGAAGUGGCUGCUGGUCCCUGGUCUCUUGUUCUUCCUGGAGAAAGUUGUAGGGCUGGUGUUGUCACGCAUGGCAUCCCUAUGCAUUGUGGAAGUCAGCCUCCUCUCCUCUAAGGUCACUCACCUCGUGAUCAAUCGGCCUUCUUUUUUCCGCUACAAGCCUGGAGACUAUGUGUUCUUGAACAUCCCGGCUAUCGCCAAGUAUGAAUGGCACCCUUUUACUAUAAGCAGUGCGCCGGAGCAGGAAGAUGCUAUCUGGCUGCACAUCAGAUCACAGGGACAGUGGACAAAUAGGCUGUAUGAAUACUUCAAGGCUUCUGACCCCAUUUACUUUGGUGCCAAGAGGCUGACACAAAGCCUGAAGCUCAGAAGGAGUCAAAAGAAGUCCCAGGUCUUUCCUCUGUCAAAUGAAAACCACCAAUUCUGUAACAUCAAGUGCUAUCUGGAUGGUCCCUAUGGAACUCCAACCCGACAGAUCUUUGCUUCUGAACACGCAGUGUUGAUUGGAGCUGGGAUUGGCAUCACCCCUUUUGCCUCCAUUCUGCAGAGUAUCAUGUACAGGCACCAAAAGAGAAAGCAAAAUUGCCCCAAUUGCCAUUACUCAUGGUGUGAUGAUGUCAAGGAUGAUGAGAUGAAACUGAGGAAGGUGGAUUUCAUUUGGAUCAACCGAGACCAGAGGUCAUUUGAAUGGUUUGUGAGUCUGCUGACCAAACUUGAGAUGGAUCAGGUCAAAGAGCAGCCAGGAGGCCAUUUCCUGGAGUUGCACAUGUACAUGACUUCAGCCUUGGGCAAGAAUGACAUGAAGGCCAUUGGCCUACAGAUGGCACUUGAUCUCCUGGCCAAGAAAGAAAAUAAAGACUCCAUCACUGGACUGAAGACAAGGACCCAGCCAGGGAGACCAGACUGGAGCAAAGUGUUCCAAAAGGUGGCUGCUGAAAACAAAGGCAAAGUCCAGGUCUUCUUCUGUGGAUCUCCAGCUCUGGCCAAGGUGCUGAAGAGUCACUGUGAACAGUUCAGCUUCCGAUUCUUCAAAGAGAAUUUCUAA